AUAAUUAUUCAGCUUGUUUUGAGGGUGAUAAGUCUUUGAAUAAAUAAACAAUUAAAAAACCACAUAUGACACCAUUUCUCUGAAUUAAUGUAGUAGGUAAUUUACACUGAGAAAAACCACUCACUGUUUUAUUAAAAUGUGGACAGUUUACAUAGGUAUCGUUUUAUUUACAGCCGCCAUUUUGUUUCCAUUUCAUGGCGUCAAUGUUACGUGGGAAGGUGGUUCUUGAACGAAAAAAUUUAAGCGCGCGGUCUGCUUUGAAUGCUAACUUUUGAUAAAUAAAACUUUGACGCCGUGCGAGUUAAUUCGUUACAAUGAUUGAAGAAUCUGAAAUAAAUGCGCUAGUAUCUAAUGUACUGAGUGAAAAUCGGUAUAGCCAUUGCAGGUUAUGCUUAAAAGAUAUCCAAGACCACUAUGUUCGUUUUCAAGAUUCUGUAUCGUUCGACUCUACGAGUUUUCAACCACUUUCUGAAGUUUUGGACGAUUUGUUGGGGGAUGAAGUCUGUGAAGAAAUUUCUGGGAUUGAUGCAGUAUGUAUGACUUGUGUAGACAAAGCUCUGGAAUGCUUAAACUUUAUUAAAAAUUGUAAAAAAUCAACAGAAGUACUAAAAAAUGUGUUUAACAAUCUGACCAGCAGUUUGAAUGUUGACUUAAAUGCUGUGACUGCAGAUCAGUCUCUGUAUAUAGCAGUUACUGAACAAGAUUGCCAGCUUAUAUUGGUUAAAAAUGCAACUGGAAAGAAAAAGCCAAACACACAGACUGAUUCAUUUGUAUGUGAAAAAUGCAAUGAUACUUUGGAUGAUGAAAGUGACCUGACUGCACAUGAACAAAGUCAGGAUAAAUAUGAAUGUUCAGAAUGCGAUGAAUUUAGGUGCACAGAGGAAAGCUUGAAACAACACAAGGAUGCAGCACAUGGAGUAUAUGUGUGCAAAGACUGUGGCAAGUCUUUUAAAAGUUUAGAUAAACUACAAGUCCAUGAACAAAAACAUGUAUCUAAGAGUGAGUGUCCCAAGUGUGGCAAGAGUUACAACACUAAAGGAUAUUUCCUUAAACAUGUUAAAUUAUGUCUUGAAGAUAGAUUGGAUCCACAUCCAAUAAGGAGUAAAAUUGUGAAGACAUAUUUUUGUGAAAAAUGUGGGAAAGGAUACAGUACUCCUGGGGGACUAAGAGUCCACCAUAGAUUUGUUCAUGGCAAUGCUAAGCCACAUGUUUGUAAAUACUGCAAUAAGCAGUUUACUGCACCCAGUUAUUUGAAGGUUCAUAUGAUUAAACACACGGGUGAAAAGAACUUCAAGUGCUACCUGUGUAGUAGACUGUUUGUCUCUAAAGAGGCACUGCUGUACCAUACUAGGCGACACACUGGAGACAAGCCAUACAGUUGCACUUUAUGUGAUGAGAGAUUUGUAAAUGCUUCUGCUAGAGCAGAACACAUAAAAUUCAAACAUGUUGGACCAACACUCAUGUGUGAGAUAUGCUCCCGCAAGUUCUUUACCCCACACUUCUUGAAGCAGCAUAUAAAGAAACAUCAUGAUCCUUCCAAUAAGUUAUAUGCUGGGAGAAGUCUCAUUCCUCCUAAUGUUCCUGCUGUGGAGAACAUGAGAGUGAGGUUCAGAGACAGCUUAAAAAAUGUAAUUGUCAAUCAAAUCUGAAUUUAUCAAUCAAUUAAUGCUUAUAAUCAAGCUUAUUAAGUGUUUUAUAGUAUCUUAAGUAAGAGACAUAUAUCUGGAAAAUAUAAGAGAAGUUUAAGCAGUUGUCCCAGUGCUGGUGAGGCAGCAAAUUGAUAAUAUCUCUACUGUGAAUAAAAACUGGAAAUAAUUUUGGUUAUUCACUUAUAUUCGUAUUGCAGUACUACAUUUAUUGUAUUGUCGCCGAAUUUCAAAAUUACGAUGCUUGCUUGGCAGUCAUCAUUUACAUAGUCUACCAACUGACUUGUAAACUAUUUUUUCUAGUUACUUUUGCUCAGCACCAGUGGUGGGAUAACAGCCAAAGGUUUGCAAUUUUAAUCGCUACAGGGUUUUAAAUGAAUGCUACCUCUAAAAUAUUAGUAAAAUAUUUUCUUGUUAUUAUUCAAUUAUUAUUGUGCUUGUGCGUA